CAGCUCCCUCCAAUCGAACCCUAAAGCACUCUGAUUACAAAGUCCAAGCUAAAUCUGAAGUUGUAAACUCACUCUGGUUUUUUGGAAUCUCUCUUGUUUCUGGAUUCUUGAUCCGGUAAACGUCAUAUCCAGAAGCUUAAUCUCUUUCCCAUUCCACUAAAAUCAAUCGGUUCCGGCUCUCACUCUCACCUCGUAAAGCAAUUGUGGAAUUGGUUUCUCUUUUCCGGCAGGCAAUAGUACCGGACAUAGUCAUCUGGGAAGAUGGUAUUUGGGCAAGUGGUGAUUGGUCCGCCCGGUUCAGGGAAAACUACUUAUUGCAACGGCAUGUCUCAGUUCCUCAGACUCAUCGGAAGGAAGGUUGCUGUUAUCAAUCUGGAUCCUGCUAAUGAUGCAUUACCUUAUGAGUGUGCCAUAAACAUUGAGGAUCUGGUAAAACUAAGUGAUGUGAUGAUGGAACAUUCUCUUGGCCCGAAUGGAGGUCUUGUUUAUUGUAUGGAUUAUUUAGAGAAGAACAUUGACUGGUUGGAGUCUAAACUGAAACCUCUUCUGAAAGAUCACUAUCUUCUUUUUGAUUUUCCUGGCCAAGUUGAGUUAUUUUUCCUUCACUCCAACGCCAAGAAUGUCAUCAUGAAGCUCAUUAAAAAGCUGAAUCUUAGGUUGACUGCUAUACAUUUGGUUGAUGCCCAUCUCUGUAGUGACCCUGGGAAAUAUGUCAGUUCUUUACUUCUCUCAUUAUCUACCAUGCUGCAUUUGGAGCUCCCACACAUCAAUGUCUUGUCUAAGAUUGAUCUAAUUGAGAGCUAUGGAAAGCUGGCUUUCAACCUUGAUUUCUAUACUGAUGUACAAGAUCUAUCAUAUUUACAACACCAUCUUGAUCAGGAUCCUCGCUCUGCCAAAUAUAGAAAACUGACAAAGGAGCUCUGUGAAGUGGUAGAAGACUACAGUCUUGUUAAUUUCUCAACCUUAGAUAUUCAGGAUAAAGAGAGUGUUGGAAACCUUGUGAAGCUAAUUGACAAGAGCAAUGGCUACAUAUUUGCAAGCAUUGAUGCCAGUGCAGUUGAAUUCAGCAAGAUUGCCAUUCGUCAAGUUGAUUGGGAUUAUUACAGAUAUCCUUUUAUACAUACAUGCCUUUGGUGGUAUGGGGUUGUGUUACCACAAAAAUGCUUUAGAGUUUGGUAGCAUGCAUUUUGGAGUAUCAUAAAUUAAUAGUCUCCCUCUAGAUAGCCAUUUCUGUUUGCCACUGGAGUUGCCCCACAUUUCUUAAAAGAAGAGAAAGGAAAGCAAGUAGUAAAAUUUUAUCCUUAUUUUACAGUGUUUUGCUUUUCUGUCAUUUUUCUAACCCUGUAGAUGGCAUUAAUUCUAUGGAGUUCUCCUUUUUUGGGCACUUGAAAUCAUAUUUUUCUCUUAACAAAUCUUCACAGUUGCAGCAGUUCAAGAAAAGUACAUGAAGGAUGAUGAAAAUUUUGACAACUAACCAGCAUUCCUGUGAGCAAAUGGUACACAUACGGUGGCUUGUUACUUUUGUGCAUAUCGGCAAGUGUAUGCAUCAUACAUAUGUAUUUACCGAUCUUAAGUUUAUGCAAUUUUCUCCCUUUGUAGCAGAUAAUGAGAAAGUCUUCAUCAGCCAAUAACACUGGUUAAUUAAUUUACUGUGGAUGAUGAAGAAAACUUGCAAAUGAUAGACUAGUACAGCUUCUUCCUCUCCUGUUCAUCUCUCAACUCUGGUUUUGUGCAUGCUAGUUAAAUUAUGUGUAAACAAACUGAUGUAGCUAGAAUUUUGACUUGAAAAGUAAAAGGACCAAAGGUAGUUUUGGUCUUGGAAACAGGAAAUCCUGAUAAAAUCCAGUUUCCAUUUUGUUCUUGUUCCCACCACUACCACCAAUAAGAGCUUUAGCAGACA